AUGGCUAUGAGAGAUGUACAAAACCAAGUUAGUCAAUUGGCUAAUAAUAUUAAUCUACUCAAGGCACAAGUGUCUGGAAAGCUUACUUCUCAAUCGUUGAACCAUAAAGAGAAUGUAAAUGCUAUUGAGCUAAGAAAUGGGAAGCAAGUUAAGAAACCGACAACAUCACCGGAAACUCAUGAAUCAUCUGUUUUAGAGCAAGAAGAGGACGAAACAACCCCUAACAAGGCUGAUUUGGUAAUGAAUUCUCACUCUAAACCUCUUGUUUCUACUAAUGUCACUCCACCUUUUCCUAAUAGGUUUGCAAAGUCAAAGAAGGGGACGCUAUACAAAGAGAUUUAUGAGAUAUUCAAGAACAUCCAAGUGAACAUACCGCUCCUUGAGGCGAUAAGGCAAGUUUCUCGCUAUGCAAAGUUUUUGAAGGAGUUGUGCACUAACAAGCACAAAUUUACCGGUAAUGAAGUAAUGAGUGUUGGGGAAAACGCUACGGCGUAUCUUCUGAGGAAACUCCGACCUAAAUUAAAAGACCCCGGUAGUUUCACCGUACCUUGCACAAUUAGUAAGACAAGGUUUACAAAAGCUUUGAUAGAUUUAGGUGCAUCUAUUAAUGUUAUGCCUGCUUCAAUCUAUGAAUCCUUAAAUCUUGGUCCUCUCAAAAGUACCUGUGUAGUUUUAGAACUUGCCGAUAGAUCUAAUGUUUUCCCGAACGGGGUUAUUGAGGAUGUUUUGGUGCAGGUUAAUGAGCUUAUAUUUCCGGUGGACUUUUAUGUUCUUGAUAUGAAUGAUGAAAAUUUAUCCUCGUCUACACCUUUGCUGUUGGGUAGACCGUUUAUGAGAACUUCUAGAACUAAGAUUGAUGUCUAUGAAAUCACUUUGACAAUGGAAUUUGAUGGGGAGGUUGUGCGCUUAAACAUCUUUGAGGCAAUGAGGUACCCGAGUGAUGUGUAUUCCUGUUUUGCUGUUGAGGAGGUUGACGCUGGCUAA